GGGGUAUACAGACGAGUGGUGUAAGUUAGAUCUCGGAAUGAGCUGAACAGGCAGCACUACUCAGCCACAGCUCAGGCUCCUACAACCUAUCACGGCCCAACCCGCGUAAUCCCAUGACUUAAGCCUUUGUUUCGACAAGGUUGAUUAACCUCCGAGAUAUAUACCACUAACUCAGCUCAUCAAGUCGAGAGACUAUCCUCCUCAAGCACCAUUACCACAAAUAAGUACUUUGACUAUGAACUCAGACGACGCAACGAACGUCUCCAUGGCGGCCGUCAGCACCAAACGGAUCCUGAUCAUAAAAUACCCACAGAAGCAAGCAGUUUCUACCGAAUUCACAAAACGAAACAAAUGCUCUCUGCCAAGUGAAGGUGGCACUGAAUGUGAUACUGAAUACCGUCGGCACCCUGUGCAUGUCAAGAAGAAAAGCGGCGGAAACAGCGGAGUGAAAGCGGAGCCUCCUCCAUCUAAUCCGCCAACCCUUGAUACCACAGUGUGGAAUCGCCCAUCAAACCAGAGAAGGACAAACAGAAAUGGCGACGGAGAUGACAGCGACAGUGAUUCUGGUGGAGGUGAUCCAAUGGUCGACUCGGACGACGAUGGCAAAAAGCGUAAGCGGACCCAGCCAACCGAAGUUGGUGAAUCGUCGAAGUCGAGUUCUUCUACUCUACUCGAAGACCAAGAACGUAUUCGGCUUUUUCAUACCUUGCGGCAAGUGGAGGAAAAUUGGGAGCAUAUCCGAGAAUACCGACAAGAAGUCCAGGCGAAUUCGGUUCUGAAUAGACUUCAGCUUCAACGUCGAUUCAGUGACCAGGGUUUGCAUAAUCUAUCCUCUCACGAACUCGCUCAACUGACCUCCUUCAUCAAGGAGAAGGACAAGGAACUCCAUGAAUACCUCAAGGAUGCUCUAUUUCAUGACAUUGAAGCAAAACUCAGGGGCGAGGAUUUAAACAGCAAUGAACCUAUAAGACCAACUGCUUAUUUGGAGGACAUUCUGAAACGAGUCGAAUUUCGAUUAAUAUGGCGCUGUAAGAAGUUCGAUGUCACCAGAAAUAAUUGGGGAGCGACGCUACCAAAACCACAAGUGCGCCUUGUCUCCAUAAUACAGAAGAUGCAGAAAGUCCUAUGGGACCUUGUCGUUCAACAAGACCCUGGUCAAAGGGACAUCGCGAUAGCGAUCGGAACUUUCGUGGCGGAGAACGGCUUUGGUCCCUUGUCCAGCUCCGAGGGUAUCAACAAUGAGGAGAUCAUUGACACUGUCAGCUUCGCCAACGGCGAACAAUCUUACGACUUUCUCGUCGACGCGUAUAUGACCAAGGUUAUCAACGGCUUAACUGAGGCAGUUAUGCUUGACUUGGAGGCUGGUAAAACAACACCAGACCCGAAUAACAUUGGAUAUGCGCCAACAUAGAUGAUUCGGAUAUCGAUCGAUGCUGCACAGCAUGGCGACAUAAUGUGCGAGAGGAGAGAUGUCGCAUAUUUCGGAAUACUAUGGAAGCAUGCCGGAUUAACAUUAGGCAGGAAUUCUGCCCCGACAUUAUCCAACCGGGAGUUGUAUCACUCGUUAUGUUUAAGGGAACUAAACCAUCGACAGUCAAGGAGGUCUCGCUAGAAGAUCUAGGCAGGAUUGGGUGGUUUUUAGAUACAGAUCCUGAUGCAAAAAGGAAGUAUUGGCGAUAUCAGAUGCAACCUUGGGAGCAGAGAGGUGACUGGUAUUUGGGGUCGGCUAUAUUCAAAGUGAGUAUGGAUGGGGAAGUCCUUGACAUGGUAUUUAUGGGUAUUUAGUCAGCUCGCAUAUGUUCUUUUAGCCUCUGGUAGUAUUAUUCGGCGCAAAUCUAGCUUCCUGCUUCUACAUCUGGUGCCGCUUGCUUACGUUGCAGCACAUACCUCCGGCAUAUACUCCAAAAGCGACACUGGAUCUGAAUACCAUUUGUAUGCAGAUAAAUACUUAGACACAUUGUAAUCAUUCAUCAUGAAUAAAGUUACGAAAUAGAACUAUCCGUACCGUAGCACUCCAUCUUCCACUCAAUGUUUAACGCCCUAUCCCGUAGUCGUUUGCUGUCGUUGAUCCACAACGAUACGCAUUCUGCCUUGCGACAUCUCGGCUAUAACAUCCAUACGAGACAUGAUCUCUUCUUUCUGUGAUACAAACAGCAUGGUACUAGUGCUAAACACACUACACAUGAGCUCCUGCAUUUGGAGCUCAGUCGCGAGGUCCAAAUACGGAACCAGUUCGUCCACCAACACAAUCUUUGACUGGGUAUGUCGAUGGUGAACAAUGGCGCGCGCCAGGCUUAGUAGCUGCUUCUGCCCUCGCGUCAAGGCCAUUUCAGCAACGAUACUGUCCAGGCUUUGCUUUUGUCGUACAAACGUCUCCCAUAGCCCAACCUCGGUCAAGGUGCGGAUCAUGAGCUCAUCAGAUACGCCCGUCUCGGGAUUAUCGUCUGCUAGUGGAUCCAAGUUGAAGCGAAGACUUCCAGGUAGUUCUAGAAUAUCCCGCGGAAUUGUCGUUAUUCGAGUCCGAAGAAGCUCGCACGGGAUGCUGCUGAGUUCCAUGCCGUCAAUCGUGAUGCUGCCGGUAUAGUCCAAGAAGCGCAGUAGUGUUAACAGAACCGAUGUUUUUCC